CACGAGAGAGAUCCGCGAGCUGCUGCUUGUGUACAGUAUGGUGCUUCUUAUGUCUGUGUGCCUGUGUGCGCGCACACGCGUGUGUAUAUACACUCGGGUUAUCGGCGAGCCUUCGAGUCAGUGUGGAGGAAAGAGCGCGUUGUGCUCCAGCUGGACAACAUCACCAUGUGUGCAGAAAGACUUGAGAAAAAGAAGACGAUAGACCUGAGGAAGAGGCACGUUGGGCCAUCUUGUAAGAUAUUCUUCAGCCAUGACCCUAUCAAGAUUAUGCGAGCCAAAGGCCAGUACAUGUAUGAUGAAAAGGAUCGGCGCUACUUGGAUUGCAUCAACAAUGUGGCUCAUGUGGGCCACUGUCACCCAGAUGUGGUGAAGGCAGGAGCUCAGCAGAUGGAACUACUCAACACCAACUCCCGAUUCUUGCAUGACAAUCUUGUACUUUAUGCCCAGAGGCUGCAGGCCACACUACCCGACAAGCUGUCUGUGUGCUACUUUGUCAACUCUGGCUCUGAAGCCAACGACCUGGCCCUGCGUAUGGCAUGGCAGUACACAGGUCACAAACAUAUUAUCACGUUGGAAAAUGCGUAUCACGGCCAUGUCUCAUCACUCAUUGACAUCAGUCCGUAUAAGUUCCACGACCCGUCAGAUGCUGAGCGGAAUCAAUGUGUCCAUGUGGCUCCCAGCCCAGAUGUGUACAGAGGCAAAUACAGAGCGGACCACCCAGACCCUGCCACAGCAUAUGCAGAUGAAGUCAAAGAUAUGAUACAUGGAGUCCAUGGAAAAGGAGGCAAGAUUGCUGCUUUUAUUGCUGAGUCAUUGCAGAGUUGUGGCGGGCAGGUCAUUCCCCCACCAGGCUACUUCCAGCAAGUGGCAGAACAUGUCCGCAAGGCAGGGGGUGUUUUCAUCGCUGAUGAAGUCCAAGUGGGCUUCGGGCGUGUUGGCACCCACUUCUGGGCCUUCCAGCUUCAGGGAGAGGACUUUGUGCCGGAUAUUGUCACGAUGGGAAAGCCGAUUGGCAACGGCCACCCCAUGUCAUGUGUGGUCACAACCAAAGAGGUGGCAGAGGCCUUCAUGUCCUCUGGAAUGGAGUAUUUCAAUACCUUUGGCGGUAACCCAGUGUCGUGUGCCAUCGGUAUGGCUGUCCUUGACGUGAUUGAGAAAGAGGAUCUCCAGGGUAAUGCACUGCGGGUGGGGGGUUACCUGACCAAUCUGCUGGAAAAGCAGAAAGAGAAGCAUCCACUGGUUGGUGAUAUCAGGGGUCGUGGCCUCUUCUCUGGGAUGGAGCUUGUGAAGGACAGGCUGAAACUCACUCCUGCUACAGCAGAAGCCCAAGAAGUCAUAUAUAAGCUUAAGGAACAGUACAUCCUUCUUAGUGCUGACGGACCUCAUCGCAAUGUGCUUAAAUUUAAACCCCCCAUGUGCUUCACUGAGGAGGACGCUGACCUGGUGGUGGAGAAGAUCGACCAAAUUCUAACAGAGCUUGAGGAAGCAUUGGGCUUAAAGUUGCACAACACAUUAAGUGUUGAAAAUGAGAGCAGUAAAAGAAAGCUGCCAACUGAUGAAAAUGGACAGCAGUAUCGCAGUGGGUUUGAACACAACAGAGGGAGCAAUCAAGGAGUUCCUCAACAAACCAAACGCAUCAGGACAUAACGCUGCCUACAACAGAGUCAGAGCUGCGAAGACUCUUUAUCUCUUACACAGUUAAAGAACUGGGAUUGUACACUAUAAACAAAACGCCAGGGGGAAAAAACUUAAGUGCCUUUGCAUGCAAUCUAAUGAAAAAUGUUUAACAUCAAUACUACUGUAUAUCUCUGAGUUGCAGUCUUCUCAGGUAUUAUUUUUUAAUUAAGCCUUUACAGUAUAAAAAUGUCUUAUGGCUUUGCUUUGGUGCUAAAAAUGUCCUUUAUUGUGCGUGUAACCCUGCAAAGCCGGUAGAGGCUACUCUUUAUUUUAAUGUUUGCCAACAUUCACUUGUUGAAUUCAUGAUUUUCAGGGAAUUCUCGUGUUAUUACAUCAAAAUGUAUUAUGAUGAAUCAGAAUAAAAGUCUGUAUAUGA